UGACUUUUGAGUGUGCAAGAAACCAAAGGGGUGAGAGAGCUAUCAAGUAUCAAUCAACCCACAUGGCGAUGAGUAGAUUUAGAGCACUGAUUUCUUCGUCCAACUUCAAGUCUCCCUUAAUAUCUCCUCCCUUUCAAUCUUCUCCAAUCCGCAGAUUCUCUUCAUCCCAGUUUGAGAGUGUUGGAUUCAUAGGGCUGGGAAAUAUGGGAUUCAGAAUGGCGCAAAAUCUAAUGAAGGCUGGAUACAAACUGACUGUUCAUGACAUAAACUGUAAUGUCAUGAAGACAUUCUCUGAAAUGGGCGCCCUUACAAAAGAAACACCUUCUGAAGUUGCAGAAGCAAGUGAUGUUGUAAUUACAAUGUUGCCUUCGUCAUCUCAUGUAUUGGAUGUUUACAAUGGACCAAAUGGCUUGCUUAAAGGAGGGAAUUUCCUAAGACCACGAUUAUUGAUAGACUCGUCAACUAUUGAUCCCCAAACAUCAAGAAAGAUAUCUGCUGCAGUAUCUAAUUGUAUUCUAAAAGAUAAGAAAGAUUUAUGGGAGAACCCUGUCAUGUUGGAUGCUCCUGUCUCUGGAGGUGUUCUUGCUGCAGAAGGGGGUACACUUACUUUCAUGGUUGGUGGCUCUGAGGACGCCUAUCUAGCUGCAAAAACUUUCUUCCUCUCAAUGGGCAAAAACACAAUAUAUUGUGGUGGAGCAGGAAAUGGCUCCGCAGCAAAGCUUUGCAACAAUUUGGCAAUGGCCGUGAGCAUGCUUGGGGUGUCAGAAGCCCUUGCUCUUGGUCAGUCACUGGGAAUAACUGCCAGUACAUUGACAAAGAUAUUUAAUUCUUCAAGUGCUCGCUGUUGGAGUAGUGAUAGUUAUAAUCCAGUUCCAGGAGUGAUGGAAGGGGUGCCCUCUUCAAGGAAUUAUGGUGGUGGAUUUGCAUCUAAGCUCAUGGCCAAGGACUUAAACCUUGCUUCUGCAUCAGCAAAAGAUAUUGGUCGUGAAUGUCCAUUAACAUCCAAAGCUCAAGAGAUAUACACGAAAAUUUGUGAAGAGGGUCAUGAAUUUGAGGACUUCUCGUGUGUUUUUCGCCAUUAUUAUUCUGGCAAGGAUGAGGUUUAACUUCAUCAUUCAAGGAUCUUUGUUUUAGAAUAAAAAGUUGGAAGAAUCUGAGCUUCAUUUUGAAAAUAAUUAUUCUCUUUUAUAUCAAAUUGGGUUUUCAAUAA